UGCUAGCAUUACUUCUUUCAGUAAAUUCGCGAUCACUGUCCGGUUAACAUGUCUUAUUGACUUUGGUCUUACCACUGUAAGCGCAUAUAAUAGAAACACAAACCAUUGUACGUAUAGUAAAAUAGUUGAAGAAAUAAUAAAUCGAAAAAAAAAAUUGUUUGUACGCUUGUCGUCGCGGAUAAGUGCUUUGGUGGUGUACCGUUUCUAGUCUAUUUGAACGCCUUUUUUUUGAAAAAGAAACAGAUUAUCGAAAUAGUUUCAUGUCAAAAAAUUUCAAGGUAUUCGUUUGAAAUAUACUGGAGAUUUUUUUUGUGAAAGGUUUCCAUACGUUUUAUACUGUUUGCCUGGUCGGAGUGUUACAAUUUACAAUAUUAUAAUAACUAAUUACGUUCUGUAUUGUUCUGCAAUUUGUUUUUUUCUUUCUUUAAAUAUAAUUUAUAUGAAUUUAUAUUUCACUUAAAUAAUGACUGUUUUAUGUAAUUCAUUCGAGAAUUCAUUGAAAUUUGUUGAACUAUCAUUAUAUACAUUGCAUGGAGGAGAUGCCUCAGCGCUGUGGCGAUAAUUUGAUUUUGUUCGUUCAAUUAAGAAAUCAAUUUUGCCAAUAAAUUUAUGUGAAUCGAAUAAAAAUUGCAUUCAAAUUACACAACAAACGAAAGUUUUUUUUUGUUAGCUGAAAAAAAUAUCAAAUUUUGUUCGUUAAGUGAAAGUGAUUAUAAUUUGCUUCGUUGGUAUUCAUCUUAGAUUUGGAUAUAAUUGUUAUCUUCAUCGCGGCUAGCAUAUCAUAUAUUUUGAAGGAGAAAAAAAAAACGUUGAAAAAAAAGCACGAAGAAGACGAAAAUAAUAAUUCGAAAAUCAACACCACAAUUAUUAUUUUAUAGGAAGAAUCUUCAUUCAAAAUUGAAUUUAGAGAGAGCAUUAAAUAGCCAUGGUAUCACGUCGGAAAAUUCUGUCCCGCUCCAGGGAUGAUCUCAAUUUGGACGCUACAUAUCAACAACAGGGUGAAGAGGAAGAUGUGUGGCAUCAAAAAGAAAAAUUAUUUAAGGAACAUAUUCAGGAAGUGCUCGAUAAGUGGAAUCAAAUCGACGACGAAAUAUGGGCAAAAGUAAUUGUAUUUGAAAGGAAUCGUCGCAUUGCAAAGGCAUACGCUCGAACGCCGGUUCUCACAAUAAAUGGCGCAGAAGACGGGUUCGAUGGAAUGCGAAUUGGACUAUGCGGUUUCGAUAAUCCUAUGAGAGAUUCGAAAACUGAUGAAAUCAAACAUCAAGUCGGACAGGGAGUCAAAUUGAAAAUGGAUGGUGCUGGCAACAUAUUAAUCAGACGUUAUUCAAGAAGUAAUGUAUACGUAAAAAGUACAGCAACUGGUAUAAAAGACGAAACGUCCAUGUCAGCUGAUAUAUUAAAAUUACCGAACCAAGCAUUAGAAAGUGAAAAAGUAGUCAAAUUAUUUGAUAUGAAAAAAUUUCAAAGCAACAUAAAUCGAGAGCUUCGUCAAGCUUAUCCGGAUCGUAGACGAUUAGAGCUGCAAUGUUUGUCGGCUGUAACAUUUGUUAAAUCAGAGAAUGAUGUUCUGGAUUGCCCCAUAUGGGUGUUGGUUAUAAAUGUCGUUGCCAUGGAUAUGCUGAAGACAAAAUUACCGCCGAUGGAACGACCAAUCAAUGUAAAAAGCCGUCCUAGACUCCCCAUACCCGAUGAAGAUCCGUACUACAUACCAGGAACAGUUAUGACACGCAUCACUGACAGCUCUGAUUCCGGAUACGGUGGCAUCAGCGGCAAUAGAGGAACUAAUAAUUCGGCAGAUGGUUCAGGACCAGUGGUUGCAUCUCGUGAUCAUUAUUAUCAGAGUAACGGAAAGGGUAAUGAAAAGCCACCCCAAUUACCACCCAGAGAUGGAAACGUUAUCUAUUCUCAGAAUUUGCCAACGCCGGACUAUGACGAAAAUGAGGAAAAUAAACCAAAAUCAUUUUUCCGUGCCUUUGGCAGCAAGGAAAAAGCUCGUAAAAAAUAUGUUACAGAAGAUCCAUACUACUGUGGCCUUAGUGCAAGAACGCCGAAAUUUGAGAAAACGACACUGAAGAAGCAAUCGAAGAAUCCAAUCGCCGUACCAAAACGAAUGUCUGUGGCCUACCUUCAACAUCCCGUUGCUUAUGUGGGCGGUUACCAGUACGCAUCUCAGCAAAUUAUGCCACAACGACAGCAUUUUCAGAUGAUGUGGCAAGCACGUAGCAUGGAAAGUGGUUUGGAUUAUCCGUCUCAGUUCAAUGCCAACAUCUAUGGCUUCGAUAAACAAGACUAUAGAAUGGUCUCCAGACGUCCUGUUUGAAAGCAGUAUUAAUAUCGUGUCGUGUCGUAAUUUAUGUUAAACUUAAUUAGAUCUGGACUUUUCUUUUAAAUAUUUAGAUUUAGAAUUUCAUUCAGUCUUGUCUGUGGCAGGUUGAGCCAUGAUAAAAUUAAAUCAAUAUUUAAAUAAACAUUUCGUAAUAUGUA